AUGAGCGACGAAGAAGCCCAAUCGGACUAUUCUCCGGAGGCUAACUUUAAUGACCCGGAAACCUCUGAGGAGAGAUCAGACCUACAUGACGGCUCUAGCGGCGAACAUUUGAAUCCCGAAACAGACGUAGCCAAUGUCACCGAAGAUGUUGGAGCCACUGAACGACACGAAGACUACAACGAGAACUUGCACACUCAAAGUCAGUCCGAAGCACAGGCAAAGCCGUCGGUAAGCUCACCUGAAGAAGAUGAGUACAACCCAGAGGCAACAUAUGAAGAAGACGCAAAUGAGUCUGCCACUCCGCCCGAAAUUGAGCAGGCGGAGGAUACUACAAAACCAGUUCCCGAGCCAGUUGUGACAGCGGAGUCAACAGAAGACACUCAGGACACUCAACCGGAACUUGAAGUCAGUGACGAAGAAAAACAAGAUCAAGGGGAAGAAGUGGAAACGAAGACAGAGAACUCGUUGGAAGAUGCCAGACCUGAUUCGCCGCCCACAUCGGCAAAUGGUGAAGACGUGGACGUUCCUUUGUUUAAUGACGUGAUCAAGUUUUUCUUGAGCAGUUCGUUACUGAACGAUUCUGAAUUCCAACGGCUGACUCCGGCAGACAAAGAACGGAGACUACUUGCCGAAUACAAUAAGGCCAAUAAUUCGCAUGUGAAUGUUCGAGUGAACUUUGGAGCAACAACGUCUUAUAACAAACCCCAAAUGCGUCCUGGAGAGACGUUCCAGGUACUGGUGCCUAUCAAUCCAUUUUGUUUGAGACCCGACAUCACUCAGCCAAUGUCUUCGGAAGAACGGUCAAGCUACGAACAAUAUCUGCGCGAUGAGGACACGGCCCUGAGCAGUGGUAAAUGGGAUAAUUUCCCUAUUGGGUCGCGGCUAUUUAUCGGAAAUCUUGCUGUUAACACUUUAAGCAAAGAAGACGUCUACAGAAUCUUCCACCCUUAUGGCGAAGUGAAACAAGUGAACCUUAAACAAGGUUUCGGCUUUGUGCAAUACGCCAAGGCGGAAGAGUGUUCACGGGCUAUCGAAGGCGAAAAAAACGUUCCGCUUCAUAACAGAUUCAUGCACUUGCAGGUCUCAAAGCACCAGAUCCAAAGAGCCAUGGAGCAGCAAGGAAAGAAUACCGGUUCAUCAAAAAAUAACAGAGGGAGAUCCAGAUCUCCAGAUGGUGGCCACAACAAAAAUCGGUCUAGGUCUCCGAUCAAUGAAACGGAAGUUAAGGUCAUCACCUCAAACGAUUCGACGGCAGAGUUCAAUAACAAAAUACUGAAAAGACUCAAGCAGGAUGGAUUAGCUUUGGAAACUGAGCACUUCGAUUUGCCCGUCUCGCAAGUUCCUCAAGAAGCAAGCACCUCUGCCGCAUACAAAGGCGUUCUAGCAGUUGUGAUUCCUCAUCACGAUAAGCUAGACAUGAUGAUCUACGAGAAAACCUCCGAUGGUGGCAUUAGAUUCGACGAGUACUCCGAAAUCUCCAUCAAUGAGGCCAUCGAAUUGAUUCUAAGUGCAAAAGCUAAACGUUUUGCUUCCACUCCGCGGGAGCAUCAAUCGAGAGGCCGCUCGAGACAAAACAAUGGUGGCCAAAAUCGCCAGUCGAAAACCAGCAACCAAGCUCUGUACAGCACGCGCAACGGUAAACAACAACAUCAACAGAACUCUGGAUCUGGAAGGUACGGCAAUUCCAGAUACAACCAUCAGUAUCCUACAGCUUAUGCCACUGGAAGCAACGCACAACCUUUUGUGCCCCGUCCAGGGUAUGGCGCGCCAACUCCUCCACCUGCUCCGUAUGGUAUACCAAGUAAUGUGGGAUUUGCUCCUUCCUAUCCAGGUUAUCAGCAGCAACUGUAUCAGCCUAUGGGUAUGCCACAAGUUCCUCCACCUCAAACACAGGGAAAUCAGGCACAACUAUUACAGACUAUGCAAAAUAUGGACCCUGCAACUUUACAAAAUGUCUUGUCCUUGAUGCAACAGAUGCAAACCCAACAACCUGGAAGUAACCAACAAACCUCGAUGCCGCAAGGAAACGCCUUAUCCGGCCUCUUAAAUCAAUUGCAGAACUCUGCACCGGGUAACGCUCCACCUGCACCAUCAUACUCUGGUUCGCUAAAUCAGCCUUCUCAGCCUAGUAAUUCCAACAAUUCCGGCAGCAACAAUAAUCAGGAUCAGACUAACGACUUGUUUGAAACCUUGGCCAGACUGAAGAAUAAUAUGUGA